AUGCCUAACUCUUCUAAAUCACUACAAAAAAAACUUCCAUCACUUGUGUUAGAAGGAAUCUUUGAAAAUUUAGCAAAUGAUAUUCAAACGCUUUAUUCUUGUAUACAAGUUAAUUCUGAAUGGUUUUGUGAAGCAUAUUCUAUAUUGUG